CGCAAGCAACACUGCCUCAACUCAACAUCGUCUCUCCUUGAUCCAGCAACACUUGCCUCGUCCUCAUCGUCUUCAUUCCUAGUCUUGCUACUACUGCACUUUGGGCUCCUCUCAUCUUCCCACACCCGGCCCUCCACUCCCCUGCCUCUCCGCUCCUCCCCGCUGCGCCCCCCCCCCCCCCCCCCCCCCCCCCCCCCCCCCCCCCCCCCCCUCUCCCCCUCCUCCGCCAUGUCUGCCAACGCCCUCGGCGCGUCCCUCUACUACGCCGACGCAAAGGCGCCCAUCUGCCCCCUCGUCAUCAAAGAGCACUUUGACAAGCUGAACACUAAGGAGCAGCUGUACGCGCACCACAUCGCCCGGGCUUCGUGGAUCGGCGGCCGCGUCAUCCUCAAGCAGACGACGCCGACCGCAUCCGACCUCUUCGACCUGCUACGUGCGACCUUCAGCGCCUCAGACCCCACCAAGCUCGGCGACCUGGAGGCGCAGCGCAAACAGGCGGGCCUAACCACGGACGACUUCACCAGCGUGCUCGAGUACACUGCGCAAGUGUUGGGCAACCUGGCCAACUUCAAGAGCUUUGGCGACUCCAAAUUCAUUCCGCGCGUCGACGCCGCGACGUUCCGCAAGGUUGUGGCCGCGGCGCCGCGCGCGCACGAGGCCCUGCCGCUGUGGGAUAAGCUGCAGGAGGAGAUCUACGGGAUCAAGCCUGCCGCGCGGACGCUUCUGGGGUACCCAGACGCCGGGCAUGUGACGGGAUACUACUCGGGCGACGUGACGGAAGCGGACAUCAAAGCUGUGCAGAAGUGGUACGAGGGGCGCGGGAAGGACGCGCUCAACACGCGCCUCUUCAAGCGCGGGGACGUGUACGAGCUGCGCGUCGCCAGCGCCGACACGGCGCCGACAGAGACGUUCGACGUCCCCGGUCUCCCGGGGAAGCUGGAGGUCGUGUUCGGCGACUUUGCAGAGGAGAUGAAGGGCGUCGCGGACGAGCUGGAAGCCGCGAUCCCGUACGCCGCCAACGAGCACCAGCGCAAGAUGCUCGAGGCGUACGUGCGGCAUUUCCACACGGGCGACGUCGACGCACACAAGGAGAGCCAGCGCGAGUGGAUCCAGGACAUUGGUCCUACAGUCGAGACCAACAUCGGCUUCGUCGAGAGUUACCGCGACCCAGCGGGCGUGCGCGCCGAGUUCGAGGGCUUCGUCGCUAUGGUCAACAAGGAGAUGACGAAGAAGUUUGAGCGCCUCGUCGACGCCGCCGAGACCUAUAUCCCCAAGCUGCCGUGGGGCAAGGACUUUGAGAAGGACAAGUUCCGCAAACCCGACUUUACGAGCCUCGAGGUCCUCACCUUCUCGACGGGCGGCGUGCCGGCCGGCAUCAACAUUCCAAACUACGACGACAUCCGCAUGACGUUCGGGUUCAAGAACGUGUCGCUCGGCAACGUGUUGAACGCCAAGGCGCCGGACGAGAAGAUCACGUUCUUGGGCGACGCGGACGCCGCGCUCUUCCAGCGCCUUCGCGGUCCAGCCUUCGAAGUCCAGGUCGGGAUCCACGAGCUGCUGGGGCACGGCAGCGGCAAGCUGCUGCAGGAGAACGCGGACGGCACUGCCAACUUUGACCUGAAGAACCCGCCCAUCAACCCGCUCACCGGCAAGCCCGUGGAGCACUGGUACGGGCCCGGCGAGACGUGGGGCAGCCGGUUCAAGACGAUUGCCGCGAGCUACGAAGAGUGCCGCGCGGAAGCGGUCGCCAUGUCGCUGAGCACGGACAAGAGCCUGCUCGAGAUCUUCGGGCACACGGACUCGAGCGCCGAGAGCGCCGACGACAUCAUGUACGUCGGGUGGCUGCAGAUGGCGCGUGCGGGGCUCAUCGCGCUCGAGUUCUACGACCCCGAGGCGAAGAAGUGGGGACAGGCGCACAUGCAAGCGCGGCACGCGCUGCUGCGCGUCUUCCUCGAAGCCGGGUUCGUCCGGAUCGAAGAGACGGACAGGGGCAAAGACCUCGUGGUGGUCAUGGAGCGCGGCGCGAUUACGGGGACCGGGCAGCAGGCCGUCGACACCUUCCUCACCGCCCUGCAGAUAUACAAGGCGACAGGCGACGUCGAGGGCGGCAAGGCGCUGUACGACAAGUACACGAGCGUCGGAGACGAGUGGCUGCCCCGCCGCGACGUCGUGCUCGCCAAGCGCCAGCCGCGCAAGCUCCUCCUCCAGGCCAACACGUUCCGCGACGGCGACGGCGUGCGGCUCAAGGAGUACGAGGCGACGCUGCCGGGAUUCAUUGAGAGCUACCUCGAGCGGGCGAUCUAGGUUAGAAGCAUCGCGUUCAGAAGCAUGCAUCGUGUGGUGUACUGUGUGGCCAGGUGGCGAGGGCGGGCAAAGGACUCAGCAUGUCGGGCAACGUGCCCUCUUCGCCAAACACCUACAAUCGCCACCCAGCUCAGAUCGUUAGAUCGCCACCCCGUCACCCGACC